CCGGGGGCUCCCCGUGAGUAGGAGCCCUGUGCCCCCCCCUCGGGACGAUCCGGAUUCCCGGGAAAGCUGACGCUUCCUUGCUAUUAAUUUCUUUUUCCUAUGCAAAAAAAAUGUGACGGCGGGGGUGGAACUGGAAGGGGUGGGAAGGGCUGGAGCACCAAAGCUGGGGGUGGUGUGGGGGGAGACUGGGAGCAUUCCCAUGGUGGGAAACUGGGAGCCUUUCCAUGGUGGGAGCCCAGGAUCCAUCCCACGGUGGGAGCCUGCGAUUCUUCCCAUGGCAGAAGCCCAAAAUCCGUCUGAUGGUGGGAGCCCGGGAUCCAUCCUACAGUGGGAGCCCAGGACCUUUUCCCAUGGUGGGAGCUCAGGACUCUUCCCAUGGCGAGAGCCUGGGAUCCUUCCCAUGGUGGGAAUCCAGGAUCCAUCCCACUGUGGGAGCCAGGGACCCUUUCCCAUGGUGGGAGCACAGGGUCCUUCCCACAGUGGGAUCCCGGGACUCUUCCCACAGUGGGAUUCCGGGAUCCCUCCCGUGGUGCCAGUGGCCAUGGCAUGGCCGGGCAGGCUCUGGCACAGCCAGGAUUUGGCAGGAGCAGCCUGUGAGUGUCCCAGGGCUGCAGCCUGGGAAGGGAGCAGCUCCACGUGCCCCAAUAUCCUUUAAAAUAACAAAAAGCCAGGCUGGGGUUCCCACCUGGGGAGGGAUUUUUGCUCCUUUUUGCUCCUUCCACCUCUGCCAAGAGGGAUUUUCCCUCCUGUCUGCUGGGACACUGCCAGGGCCACAGGAGGGGGAAGGAUGUCCCUGGGAUGACCCUGGGAAGGAUGUCAUGGUGCUGCCCCAAGGAUGGAUUCUGUGGGAUGGAUCCCAAGGAUGGACCCUGUGGGAUGGAUCCCAAGGAUGGACCCUGUGGGAUGGAUUCCAAGGAUGGACCCUGUGGGAUGGAUUCCAAGGGCUGGACACUGUGGGAUGGGCCCCGGGGGUGUCGGUGGGUUCAGCACGUUGUACAAUCCCAGGCUGGAUGGAUUUGACCUGUAGCACAGGGAAGGACACCAAACAGUGCUGGAUUUCCUUAUACAUCCCUAUUUUCCCUGGCUCCAAGCUGCUGAGCUGCCUGGCACCCCCCGGGCAGGGCUGUCCCCGUGCCCCCGGCGUGUCCCGCUGCCCCCGUCGCGUCCCACGUGCUGUCAGUGCCCGUUGUUAUUUAUGCUACCACGGAAUAGUGCUGGAAUAAAACCUUUUCAGGACACCACA